UACAUCCCGAAAGAUAUGCUGACCAGUACAAUGACUGUGACUUUUCUCGGAACCUCGAGUGGUGGAGGCCCUAGUACAUCCCGCAACUGUUCAUCUCUCGUUGCUGAUGUUUUAGGCGAUGGAUCCCUUUGGAUGGUUGAUUGUGCAGAAGGGACUCUUCGUCAGUUCCAGCUACAGCCACACAGUGCAGAUCGUUCCAAUCCCCGAUUGUCACAAGUCAAAAAAAUAUUCAUAACGCAUAUGCAUGCCGACCAUGUUAUGGGAAUAGUUCCUAUCCUCCGGAAUCUCCUGUUUCCUGUACCAGUGGGCGAGAACGCCGAUAAGCUACAGGCCCUUCGAAAACCUGUGAGCUUCGAGUGUUCUUAUGCCAUAGAGAUUUAUGGGCCAGCUGGAAUACGGACAUUUAUUCGAAGUAUACUCAAAAUGACCUUCACCAGAAUGUCUGACAAUUACGUUGUUCAUGAACUUUUAGCGUCCGCAGACCAAGCGACAUCUUGUGAUCCGAAAGUUAUGCACCCGAACGAGGUUGCUGGCGAGGAUAUCUUUUGUUCUGCUGGAGACGGAUUGUGGAGAGAGGUAGCUCAGGGCAAAGGUAUCUUUGGACCAGUAGUGGUUGAUGCAGGACCUAUUAUACACCGAGAUCCAUGCAUUGGUUAUGUUUUUAGGGAGACCGCUAAACCUUUUCGUAAAAUAGUUAUACUCGGAGACACCUGUGAUCCAUCCGCGAUGACACCUUUAUGCCUAGAUCCCUCUCCGUCGCUUCUAAUUCACGAAGCUGCAGACGCACACAUUCCUCAAGAAAUUGAUCCAAAAUCUAAAAGAUCCUAUGACGUGGUGAAAGAAAAGGCUCUGGCUAGAGGACAUUCGUUACCCGAGAUGGCCGGAGCGUUCGCAAGAACCAUCGGUGCUCAGAAACUUGUACUGAACCAUCUUGGAGGAAGGCAAGCAUCUCAGUGCUCAAGCAUUCCCAUUCGGUCCAAUGUCAUAGCAGAAAUUGAACGACAAGCGACUGGAGCGUGGGGAAUGGGUACCGCUCGCGCUGCUUGGGACUUUAUGCGUGUUGCUAUCCCC